AUGGCCUCCUUGCUCGCGUUGCGGUCGUGGGAGACAGCGGGCAUCCGACCUCUGCCCUGCCGGACUCAUGUUGCCACAGCUAUCGAGCCGCAACUCUGCGAGCCCAAGACCUUCGACAUUCGUGUGGAUACCAGCUUGCAGCGUGAGCGCGAGAAGAUCUGCGUGUACGGUAUCGGCCAGCAGUUCGUUGAAUACGCGAGGCUUCUCACCGUCCCGCGGGUGGCAAACCGUUUCGGCUGGUCGCAGGACCAGUUUGUGAAUGGAACUCUGGUGGGCCGAGCAGCCUGCUGUUGGUCGCCAGAGCGGCUGCAGCAAUCCUUCGACACCAUAGCUGCGGAGUUCAAAACGGCAAACGACACGCUCUCUGCGAGAAGCUUUGCUCGGCUUUCCAGCGAAAUCCGUCUUCGUACAGCCGCAGAGCGGGACAUCGACUUCCAGUCGCCAGGAUUCGAUGGCCUUACCCUGCUGAAUAUCACGGACGACGAAUUCCGCGAGGAUUUGGUGAUCCUUUUCCCCAAGGCAAGGUCCUAUCUCCACCACUACAUUGAGAAGCUCUGGAACUUCAGACGACCUCUGCCCUGUCCAGCUGGUGCCUACUGCAAUGCGGGCACCUGUCCACGAUACUUGCUCACGGGAAUCGUGGAUGUGGACUUCGAUCGGCCCAGCAACGCCCUGGAGGAGGCAAGAAGACUGGCCGAGACCCACUACACCGAGAAGCUACGCGAAGUAUUUUACAACCGCACCUGGAAUGUCACCAUUCCUCCGGACAUGGAGCAAGGGGAGGACAUGGGUGGCCAUGCAAACGACUCCAACGACUCGUCCUGGUCGCCCCUCAACCGCUCGGACAGGUGGCACAAGCCAUCAGACUGCUUCGACAAGAACGAGACAGAGCCACAGGAGAGCAAGGCAAGGACAUCUGCGCCAAAGCAGGAUGCUACAUUCGAGAACUUCCGUGUUCUCAGCGAGUUCCAACAGAUGUCCACAGAGACUUUGGGCGCUCCAGCACCUGUACAGAGGCUCAACGAACCGAUGCACCAGCAGUAUGCCGUGGGGAAAGCGGCCGCUUUAGCACCCGAGUUGGCAUUUCGACAGCUGCUGGCACACAGGAAAGAGUUGUCCGAAGAAGAAUGGCUGCGCCUGUGGACGAACGUCAGCGCUGACAUUGCCAGCAAGAUCUGGCCGAAUGCCUCUGCAAACGUCUCGCUGGGCAACUGGACCUGGUUUGCCCAGAAUGCUUCGGGAGAAAACAUCACGCGAAGGCUUCAGGAGGAGACGUUCCUGGCCACCACAGAGUACCCGCUGGAAGCUAUCAACCCGCUUUCGAUGCGCGCUCCACAGCUGCGACCUUGGCCACAGCGCGAUGCAAUGCAACACGAUACAUGUGGUCGGACUCGUGUAGGCAGGAGUCUAGACCAUUGGGACUUACGUAUUUUCCUGCCAUGGCUGAACUGCAGAAUAGCCAGUCAUGUCGAUAUAGAUGUCAGGACUGGAACUAAGUUGUUUCUUCCAGCUCAGUGUUUCGACAAGAGAAAUCUGCAAACACUUGAGGCAGUGCAAAGCCGGCACUUUCUGCCCGAAUCUCAGCUGGCUACCACUGGGAUGCCGCGUGAAUGGCUAGCUAGCAGAGGUGUGCAAAAAUCGCAUCGAACCUCACGCAAGUAG